AGGGAACACCGCAGGGUCUAGCCGGCUGUGAGUGCCUUGAAGAGGAAGCAGCAGGCACAGCUAAGGAGGCACCCGGCUCAAGGACUGACUGUUGAGGAGUAUGGCUGCCCGGCCCAAAGCUCACAUCCAUGUCAAGAAUUUGGCCGUGGAAGCAGGAGUUCUCACUGGGAAGGAGAACAACAUGUUGCAGCCUGAGGUCCACAUCCACACAAACCCCAAGGAGGAGAGCUCCCAAGGGGCUCUGCUGCUCGACAAGCCCCCAGAGCCGUUGUCUCUGCCCUGUGCUCCUGUGACCUUGGAGCAGGAACUGAUGGUUUCUCUUUCUGGGGAGCCCCACGGGCCCCCUGCCCUGCCCAGCACAUGCUCAACUCUGAUCCUCCAGCCCUGUGCCACCCUUGACUCUCUUCUACUGCAGCCACAGGUCCCCAAAGCCUCAGACCAGUCUGGGGUUUCUGCCUCCUCAGAGUGGCAGCGGAAGCUGGAGGCUGCUGAGGCUCUGCUGACUCUGAGGGACUCUUCUCAGGCCCCUUGUGACACUAUCUCCCUGCAUCAGCCCUGUGGUCCACCAGCUCCUGCUGGAGAUAAAGAACUCCAGCCUUCCAGCCCCUCUCUGCGCCCCAGGCCAGCCAGCUCCGUCUCGCUGCCUAUUGGACAUCUGGGGUGCAUCUCCCUCUUGAGCUAGGAACCCAGAGGAGGAGGCCUCAAUAUAGCACUGCCUAUUUGGUAUCCUGUUUCUGAAUGUGCAAAAUGGUUAAUGUCCAAAAUGCUUAACAUCUUUUUUUUUAAGCCUUCAGGUGUUUUAUAAGCUUUCAGACCCUUUUUAUUAUAUAGGGAAAUUCCUUGGCUGAGGGUGGAUAUUCUUGUAUCUCUAUCCCUUACUCCUUUGGAUGCUGGGGCCUUUUAAUGUCUCCUGUAAUAGGAGGAUUGUGCAAUCUAAGUUGAACAGUCUCUAAGGGGGGGAGAGGUUCUGUGUGAGUUCAUAUGCCAGAGUUUUUAUUUGUCUUGUGAUUGUAGACAUACCUGUGCACCCACGUUCGUAUCCAUGUAUGUGGAAACAUAAGAAUGUUUUCACUUUGUCUCUAGGUUUGUGCGUGUGAACAAAAAAUAAAUCCUUCUUGUUGUAAGGCA